AUGGGUUGUGUUUCAUCUAAAAAAAAAUUAUCCAAAGCAGAUUUAGAAUUUCUUGAAGAAAAUACAGAAUUUACUAAAGAUCAAAUUGUGGAAUGGUAUGAAGGUUUUAUACUCGAUUGUCCCAAUGGUGAAUUGACAAGAAAAAAAUUCAUUCAAGUCUAUCGCCAAUUUUUUCCCAAUGGACAAGCUGAAGCAUUUUGUACACAUAUAUUUCGUACAUUUGAUGCUGAUAAUUCAGGCAAAAUCGAUUUUAAAGAAUUUCUAAUGGCAAUUAAUAUUACAGCAAAAGGUAAUCCUGAAAAGAAAUUAAAAUGGGCUUUCAAAAUGUAUGAUAUUGAUUCAAAUGGAAGUAUUGAUCGACAAGAAAUGUUAAAAAUUAUUGAAUCUAUCUAUGAUUUACUCGGUGCUAAUGUUUCACAAAAUGCAUCGAAUGGCAUCAUUGCAGGUCGUGAUCCUACUGAUACACCUGAAAGUCGAACAGCUCAAAUAUUUGCUGUUAUGGAUGAAGAUAAAAAUGGAGUCAUUACAGAAGAAGAAUUCAUUCGAGGUUGUAUGGCUGAUCGAGUCUUAUAUCAAAUGUUAACUGCCGAUACAAGCGAUCCUGAACGAUAA